AUGGGGGCAUUCCCCUCCAGCUCGGACGCCCAGGCGGUGCCAUCGUUCCACCAUCGCAGCCACCACGAGACAGCCGGAGCAGCACCAGAAUCGCAAUUCCGGCCACCUCCAGUGUCACGACUGGUGUCAAUUGAAAUUGUUGUUCGGUUGGUGGACCCCGUCCCCUCCCCUCCGGAACGAAUCCUCCGCGACUCCACGGGGCGGGGAGAGCUCUGGCGGCGCGGGGGAGAGAGGGACGGCCAUGGCGCGUUGCCGCACCAGAAGGGGCACCGCCCUUCCACCACCUCCUCCCGUCUCUCCUCGGAGGCGAGUGCAGAUCUUAUGUUUGGUGGAAUAACUAUAGUGUGUGGAAUCCUUGGAACUCUAUCAGGAGGUAUCAUCCUUGACAAGAUAGGGGCUACAAUUCCUAAUGCUUUCAAGUGAGCUGCAAGCUAACAUUCUGCAGUCCUAAUGAAGUGAGAUGUGCGCACAGUUCUAUUUGGAAUGAACUAAUGAAGUUAGCAGACUGCAUACCUUUAUGCUUCCAUUUCGUUAACAUGGAUUUGCGGUGACUCGUAUGCUGUUGUCAUUGUGUAGCUAAUUUCAAUUUUGUCUUAUUUUAUAAAAUAUAAAAAGGUGCUUGCUCCAUAUCCAAAUGUCAGACACCGGCCUACUGCUAGCUCAGUGGACAAAUUUGAUGUAUUGUAUUGGUGAAAUUGCUCUGUUGAAUACAAAUGUUCAAGAACAAAUUUGUAUUGACCUGGAUUGAUCUGGAAUGGCUCUGUUUCAUAUGUGUGGA